CCUGUAGUUAGACACGUGGGCUUUUAAGAUUGUCAUAAUUUUUUAUACAACUUUUCUUUUCAAAAAGCUCUCCUAAAAGUAGAAUGGGAAAUUUAAGAAAAUUUGUUUUUGCUUCAAGAUUUUCUCAAUGUUAAAUUCAAAGAACUGCACAUUUUGAUCACAGCAACAGGUAUUUUGAUACAAUUUGGCAGAAGGGUGCCGCAGUUAUUGUCAAGGCGCCAUUUAAAGUAAGAUUUUAUACACUUAAAUUAAGUAAGAAACACAUUUCUUGGGUUUGCAUUGAAAUUUAAUCAAGGAAAAGGAUCGGUAAAAUUUUGUCGUCAAUGUGAAUCAUUUUUUUUUGCUCUUAAAAAGACAUCAUUUAACAUUGGAAUUUACAUUGAAUAAGUAUUGCAAACUUUUGAUGACGUCAUUUCCAUUACGACAAUCUGAAAGCUAGAGUCCAACAUUUAACACGAAAGGUGUUAUCUUGGACACGUUUGUUUUGAUACCCACGUUCUAUUUGUUUUAUCUAUCUUUACAUUCAUUUUCUUGUAUGUCAACUCCUAAAACAUCCCCCAAAGAGGCCUACGUGUCAUUAUUGUCUAAAUGAUCAGUUUCUUUUUUAUGCCAGAGAAUAUGGAAUUAGAAAAUAAGAAAAAUUACUUAAACUACUUAAGCAUCUCGUUUUUUCGGCUUUAAAAUGAUAUCAAACACAUUAAUUUACAUACAAUUCACUGACAUAUAAACCCUUUGACAUGCUAUCAAGAAACACCAAGCAUGUUACCAGAAAGCUCACGUGGGAGUAUGACGUAUAAUAUUGAGAAUGGAGAAUGUUCGUAAAUGUAAAUCAGUUAAUACCAUUGAUUAUCUAAGCUUUUUCUUAAGGAAAGAAAAGUUGUUGCGUAUUUUCUCCUUAUUUAUUCAAUAUAGAUUUUUUCAUCCACUGACGGGGUUGAUUAUUAUUUUUUUUACUUCUAGCUCAUCUGAUUAUUUCGCACUAAAAAUAAACAAUUAGGAUUCAUAUCAUUAAUUGAAAUAAUUUUCAGAUUUAUCUAUUCCGAAAGCUCACUGGCCUUGUGGAGCCGAAUCGAGGUUAAUAGAUAAAACCCAAAUGUUUCUUAAUGUUCUUACACCAAAUAUCCAAAUUUUUUGUUAAGGAAAGACACAUUACAGGCUAUUCUGCUAAUUUAUUUGUGAAUUAAAUUUCGUUUAUAAGCUAAUCAUGCUAAUAAGGCUAAAUGUGUUUAUUCCAUUAUCGUGUACACGUGGUAUGAAAUCUUCUUAAGAUGAGUGAGACCUGCAUCUAUCUGACUAAGUCUUAAAUUCUCAGGAUACUUAAGUAUCAUACUUAACAUCUGUUGGCUCAAGUACAACUUUCAAUUUUAAGCCUUAAAACUGUUUAAGGAACAAACAUCCAACGAUUUGGGAGAGCUUUUUUGUGUUGAAACCAUCGACGGUUUAGAUCGUGGAUUCGACACGUGGGCCUCGCGCCAAUCCUGUUGUACCUGUCGCUUGGCUGGUGCGGAUUAAAAGGGGUGCGGAUUGAGAGGAUUGUUACCAGGGGUGCGUGCUUGGUCCCGCUCUGUGCCUCUGUUGGGGUGCGCGCGCGCGCUGGUUGCGGAGAGGUGCUCGCAUUGUUUCAGGAACCCGUAUGUCGUGUGGGUAUGCACCUGAAGCGAUCGAUAGAUCGCUUACCUGUCCGAUGCCCUAUUGUUUGCCUCGCCCUCCUCAACAACAGAACUAAGGAGAGAGAGAAAGAGAGAGACACGCUUACUCUGGAGUUCUUUGCAACGGAAUUCAAGUGAGACAACCGUGGGAACGAAGCCCUCUCGGUCUUCUCACACCUAUUGUUACAAAUACCUCAGCGCAUCGCGCUAAGACUAUAAAACUCGACGAGGUUAAGGUAUUAACUUUUGAAAGAAGAAGCGAGUCGGGGCCUUUCGUUUUUACCUCGAUCUUUUUUAUGUUAUUAUUUAUCUCAAAGCAUCGCCCUCACAAUGCACGAAUGUGGUCUUUUAUCUCGGAGCUCGUGAAGGUGACUAUUUGGGGCAAGGUGAAUCUAUCUAGGCUUCUAUCGAUGGCCUCUUCGUAGCCUACAAUGAAUAGAUCAUCCAAGUAAUCGAAUAAAAGAACGAUACCUCGUCUGUCAUUUUAUUUUAUUUUGAUUGCUUUGUAAAACGUCGGAAAAAGCCUGACAAUUAAUUUAUCAUAAACCGCCCCUUCGGAAGCGAGAAAAAUAUUUUCGACACCCGACAAUACCUUUGUGAAUUCUGAUGAACAACAACCUUCCCUGUUCGGCGGUCGCCCAGGAGUCUUUAUAUAUUUUGAUGAGAAAAACAACUUUUGAUAAUUCUCUCUUCAACCUCGAAUACAGAUAAAGAGAAAGAGAAAAAUAAAAAAAGGCGUUGUAAUUUGCUAGGCAACACAAUUUGUGGACUCUCGAAUGGAUAUCGAUAGCUAUCGGAAUGCGGAUGUCUGAUCUACUUUUACCCCGAUAAUCAACCAGCCUUGCCUAAUAAUUUUGAAUAAAAAAAUACGCUUUUUUUUUUUUACCUUUGGAGAAAAUUCUUGAAAGUUACUAGACAGGAAAGGAGAAAGCAGUUUCAUUAUUUUGCACGUUUGAAAGAAGGCUUUGGAAAAGUAAAAGAUUGGCUGGAGUCGGUGACAGUCUGAAUUGCCAAGAUUGGUCGUCUGUUGCGAGUGAGGUUUAAUCGGUUUUUGGGCGGGCGCCGCGGGUUAUCCCGAGUUAAGUCACUGCCAUCACCGGGGAUGACACCAACAACAGAUGAGAUGUCGUCUGCUGAAAAACCAGUUAGAAGCCAUGAAGGACGAAAGUCUUCCAAACCAUUGAUGGAGAAAAGGAGAAGAGCGAGAAUCAAUGAUUGUCUGACAGAACUACAAACUAUCCUGGACACUUUAAACCCAGAGAGCAAUACCACGAGGCAAAAUAAACGCGAAAAGGCGGACAUUUUGGAGCAAACUGUCAAAUUGGUCAAGCAACUUCGACAACACGGGUUACGAGGCAACCAUCCACCUGAUCCGAACUCUCAAGUGCAAUUUAGGGCUGGAUUCAAUGAGUGCAUGGCAACCGUCACCCAAUUUCUUUCAGCCAAUCAGGGCUCGUUGAAUGGAGAAGCCAAGGCGGGGCUUAUGUCUCACUUGGCAAACUCCCUACAGUGCAACAAGGUGUACACCGAACGCUUGCCCCACCCACCGCGACGACGCCCCGAAGAGGCAGCCAAUAGCGUGAGCGUCUCCGCGAAGCUGCCGCCAACUUCCAGCCAAUCACAGGCCGGCGAGUCAAGCGGAGCCAGCUCUAUGAACGUUGUGCAUCCGAUGCCGGCUGCUGCACCUGCAACAGCUGUGACGUCAUCUUCUCCUCACUCCACAGUCUCCGUGCCAGUGAGCGUACCAUCUGCGAUGAAUGGCGCAUUGCCCGGGGUCACUGCCAGACUGGAGUUCACCCCCAACAGGGGUAAUAACGUACAAAAUGCAACUCGACUCGUGCCAAUACAUAUACCAAUAAAAGUGCAAUCGCCCGGGCAGAUCAUUCUCGUCCCGUGCCAGUCACAUAUGUUAAAUGGCAACCAGCUAACUACGCCAAUCAUUCCUGUCAUGAGUCCUCCCAACGCUAACCUAGCUUCCAGUCCGCUCUCGUCGGCCGGGAGCUCGGGCUCUGUGGCAAUAUCACCAGCGAUCCACCACCAAUCCCCGCAAAAGUCCCCACCCCAGCCGUUAGAAGUAGCAGGUCCCUCCACAGCAGGUACCAUAAUGUAUGCAUCUUGCCCCGCAUCUGCAGCCACGCCCAAUGCGGCCCAGGCAGGUGGCGCCAACCUUAUCCACCAAGCAGCGCCAUACCCUGUGGCAUUCGUUGCAAUGGGAGACCCCUCCGAGAUGCAGAAUGAACAGUUCUACCAGAAUCUACCGAGGUUCUUCGUUCCUGCGAACCCACCUAAUGGCUCCGACCCUGUCUGGAGGCCGUGGUAACACCCCACCGUGACUUAUUAGAAGAAUCCUAGAUUUAACACAUUGGACAAUGAAACGCCCAUCAUGCCUAUUGUGCAAUCAACCGCCAUGGACAUUGUAGCACAUCGUAGGAUUAUCAUGUAUAGAGACAACACCAACGGCACACUUUGUGUCGACACGAUGCAGAAAAGUUCAAAGUAUGCGAUAUUUGAAGAAAAAAAGAUGGAUGUAAAUUAUCACAAGCUGUCAGUUAAAGAUCACUUGAAAAAAAAAUUCAAUUCAGCUCAGUUCAGUUGAUAUCUUUCAUCUUGAAUGAUUACAUUUUUCGAUCGUAAAACUCCUAACGAAGGGACCCUCGAAAAAAAAAAAUAGAGUGUGAAGUUUAUUUUCGAUUUGACAAAGAGCCAAAAGAGAGUCGAUGUACUUCUAAUGAUUCAAAUUGUAUUCAGCAAUUACCAAAUGAUAGCCUUGGAUCAAACACGUGUGAUGUUAAAUCUAAUUGUGUGUGCUGUGAUAAUGUGUGUCGUUUUUCUUUUCUAUCACUCGCUUAAUAUUUCAUUUUUUUAAAGAGUCAUUUGACUUUUUGAAAAGGAACGCAAAAAAUUGUUUUCAAGAAGGUUCGUUGCUUUCAUAACUAUGUCAAGUCUUCCAAUUUUCAUGAUUUUAUCUUUUAACGAAAAGAUAUAUGAUGAAAUAAAUGUUUAUUCAGUAAUUUAUAUUUAUCAGCAGGGAAAUUACUCUUGAGCAGAAUGCAGUGUUUUAGUACGCCUGGGUCUUCCAAUCAAAAGUCUGGUGAAAAUCUGAUAUUACCAAAUAUAUGGAAAUUUUAAUGUCUUCCGAGUCGAACAUUUCUAUAGAAAUCAUUGUUAUAUAGAGUAUGAAGAUUAAUUUUGAUAGUAUGGAAUAUCUACUGUAUACUUAUAUCACAUAUAAUUUGAAAGUUGGGACGAUGUCAACCUGAUAAUAUUAUAUUAUGGAAACAUGAGAAAUCUGAUUUUUUUAAAAACAAUAUUCAGAAUCAAUUCUCUUUGCUGUGUACAGAACACAGAAACUUGUGUCUAAUACAAACGCUCAUAGAGCCUAUCUAGAGUUAAAUCUAUAUUUAAAGUAUGAUUUGUAUAUAUGGAAUUUCUAUUUCUAUAAAGCUAUCGGGAGUGAAAGAAAUGUCUUUAAAAUAUUUUUAUUUUAUUAUUCAUGAAAGCAUUCCUAUAUGAAUGAUAUACCAUCGAAUGUGAUUGUUUUUCUGUACUAUCGUGAUUAUCAUAAAUAUAUAUAAUUUAUGUUAAAGUGUUUUUUAUUUAUAGACUUGAAUAAAUUAACUAUAAGCUACUGCUUAAUUUGCUCCAGAAA